ACACUGAGACACUCACCUUUGCAGUAUGUGGGUUCACCUGGCAGUGUUGGUCGCCUCCCUCGGCUCCGUCCUCACCUCUAUGAGUCCACCUGAGGCUAUGUUGAAGAAAUACGCUUAUAUAAAGAUCAUGUCGAGCUGUGUAGGAGAAGAACCGGUGAGACAGUGGGGUCAGCAGAUGAAGGCAGCGUGUGACAAGUGCCAUGGGAUUGACACUUAUGACAUCAUACCAGACUUCCAGGAUAUGUUGAAUGAGUUGAGGAGGAACGCUUACCGCCGCCCGAUGUACGUCCCAGUGCCUGUCUAUUCACCCUACCAGUUCCCCCAGUACCCACAGAUGCCCCAGUUCACCCAGUACGGCCAGGUGAACCAGUACAACCCCUACCAGAAUGUAGCAGGGAUGCGGACGAAGCGGUUUGCCCCCCUGAGUCCUGAGAAGAUUGAAACACUGAAGGAGAGAAUGACGGCCAAGAUCAGCAACAUUACCUGCGUCCUGCGGGAGGUGAAGAUGCUCGACUCCAACAACAUGCCGAACUAUGCCUACAUCGGUCAAGAGAUUCUGAACCUCCCCGUCGACGACUCCCUGAAGGCUGACUUCGGCGAGGCUCUGGAGACGUGUAGGGACUUCUCCAUGUGUCUGCCGGUGGAAAAGGCGAAGAAUCCCCUGAAGAAGGAACUGGGUACUGCCCUGGCCUUCCUCAAGUGUAUGAUGAUGAAAGAGGUGACAGCGUGUAUGAGGGCAGAUUUCCACAAGUACGCAGCAGAGAUGGGCCUCGGUGACCAAGAUGGAGUCCUAUCCGACCCUCUCCUCGCUUCUGCCGGACUUGGGAUGAACGCUGACGGACCCCACAGUCUCCUGGAGGAUGUAGAGGCCCUUAUGUUCUCUGGAGGGGACAUGGUGUUCUGAUUCAAUGUUUUAGGGGAGGUUGGCUAUUGUAGGGAAAGGUGUUCUCCAGUAAUGUUCUCCAGUAAUGUUCUCAAGUAAUGUUCUUUAGUAAUGUUCUCCAGUAAUGUUCUCUAGUAAUGUUCUCUAAUAAUGUUCUCCAGUAAUGUUCUUUAGUAAUGUUCUCUAGUAAUGUUCUCAAGUAAUGUUCUCUAGUAAUGUUCUCCAGUAAUGUUCUCUAAUAAUGUUCUCCAGUAAUGUUCUUUAGUAAUGUUCCUUAGUAAUGUUCUUCAGUAGUGUUCUCCAGUAAUGUUCACUAGUAAUGUUCUCAAGUAAAAUAAAUUAAUCAAUGAUGGACAUUGUAUUUACAACUUGGAAACUCAAACUAAUAAAUAUAAUUGGAUAAAAAUUAA